GACAGACGGACGGACACUCUUCAUCACCUUCUCCUCAGAGCAUCCAGCUGGGGGACAGAUGAUUGGACGCUUUCUUCCCGGACACAAAGUUGUGUGUGUUGGAGUCCUGUGCUAUGAUCUGAUUGGCUGAUUGAUUUGAACAUCCUACUCAUGAAUUCUCAUCAUCGUUACCAUAGUGACUGGCGACCUUGGUGGCAGCAGCGAUUUCCACUAGAUGUUUUGAGACUUUAGACCCCGUUGAAUAAAAAGAGGCUAAAGGUUGUUGCCAUAGUGACCAGGAUGCAGGUGUCCAUUGCAUGUAACGUGGGUGGGGGUGGGGGCGGCGGCGUGAGCGAGCACCCCCUGAAGGAGCGGAGGGCAGCGGCAGCCAACACCAGCAGCGCCCCCAUCUGUCAGUCAAAGGUCAGGUCAGAGUCAUCAGGCAGACACACCCUGCUAGGCCACGCCCACAUGAAGGAGGCCCUUGGUCGUCAUAGCAACAUGAAGUACAGGAAUCUUGGGAAAUCUGGACUAAGAGUGUCCUGCUUAGGACUGGGAACAUGGGUGACAUUUGGUUCUCAGAUCUCUGACGAGAUGGCGGAGAGAGUGAUGACAGUGGCGUACGACAGUGGAGUGAACCUGUUCGACACAGCGGAGGUCUACGCCUCAGGCAGGGCGGAGACGACUCUGGGAAACAUCCUGAAGAAGAAAGGAUGGAGGAGGUCCAGUUAUGUGGUGACCACAAAGAUCUACUGGGGGGGACAGGCAGAGACAGAGAGAGGGUUGUCACGGAAACACAUCAUUGAAGGUCUGCGUGGUUCUCUAUCCAGGUUACAGUUGGACUAUGUUGAUAUUGUCUUCGCCAACAGGAGUGACCUCAACGCACCGAUGGAGGAGGUUGUCCGUGCGAUGACCUUUGUAAUCGAUCAGGGUUUGGCGAUGUACUGGGGAACGUCUCGCUGGAACGCUGUGGAGAUCAUGGAGGCGUACUCUAUAGCGAGACAGUUUAACCUGGUCCCUCCAGUGUGUGAACAGGCUGAAUAUCACUACUUCCAGAGAGACAAGGUGGAGCUGCACCUGCCGGAGCUCUACCAUAAGAUAGGGGUCGGAGCCAUGACCUGGUCCCCGUUAGCCUGCGGCCUGUUGACGGGCAAAUACAAUGAGGGCGUCCCUGAGAGUUCUCGAGCCGCCAUGAAGGGUUAUGCGUGGCUGAAGGAGCGUCUCUGCAGUGAUGAAGGAAAGAAGCAGCUCAGCAAAAUUAAAGACCUUCACCUGCUGGCCGUCAGACUGAACUGCACUCCUGCUCAACUCGCUAUAGCGUGGUGUCUCCGCAGUGAAGGCGUCAGCUCGGUUCUCCUCGGAGUUUCCAACACGGAACAGCUGCUGGAGAACCUCGGUUCUAUCAGGGUUCUGUCCCAGCUGACUCCACCCCUUGUUACAGAGAUGGAUGUGUUGCUCGGCAACAAGCCCCGUAACCCCAAGAAGGAAGUGAGGAGCUGAGGACGUCGCUCUUUAAAAAAAAAACCUGAUGGAGACGACUUCUUCAUGGAUGGAGGCGACCACCUCGCCGUUGUCAUGGAGACAGGGAGAUUUCUUCGUCCAAUGAGAGACUUCAGUUCAGAUACUGAGAAAUAUUUAUUCUUGUUUAAAGUGAUGUGUCCAGCUGUUUAACAAUUUUAUCAAUAAUCCAAAA